AUGGUUUGUUCAACACCACCACCUUCAACUAUUCCCGAAACCGAGAAGCCUGAGCCAGAAAUGAAAAAAGAGAAGAAAAAGAGAGUAUUUCGGAGAGAAACAGUUGCUGACAGAUUGUUGGCGUCCGCGAAAAAGAUGGCUGAGAUUAUUCGAUUUCGAAGUGUUUUCACAAAGAUUUUGUAUUUUGGAAAUACGAAGAAAUAUUUUUCCAUUUCACUCUAUUGA